UAAUAAAACGGGUGGAUAGGGUGUGGUGUCGGUAUAUAUAGCAGGUAUUUUAGUACCGCACCAUAACUUUAAGUUGCCCUCUAAAAUAACAACAUGUUUGUAAAACUGGCCGUAUUAGCUUGCUCUUUGGCAGCAGCCAACGCAGUAUGGAACGGCCCCCUCGCCGGCGGCCAGCCAGCCUCCCUCUACCCCGCCGGAGUGAGCCCCCAGGCUUGCCCUAACUUCCCCAACUGUGCCAACCCAGCCGUAGCCGCCAACCCCAACCAAGCCGCUCCCCAACAAUGGGGCAACCCACAACCUCAACCUCAGUGGAACCAGGGUAACCAGUGGAACCAAGGAAACCAGUGGAACCCACAAGCCGUCCCACAAUACAACAACGACGCUACACAGAGACUGAACAGAGGAGAGUACAUUGGAGAUGGUGACUAUCACGGUGAAGGUCUUGCCGAAGCUCUUGCUCCAGGUUACGAAAACCGUGGAGGAUGGAGCCCCAGCCAAAACAGCUACGGACCCCCACCUGGUGCCCAGCAAGCCCAUGGAGUAGGCCAAAUCCCCGCUGGAGUCAAUGCCCAGGCUUGCCCCAACUACCCAUUCUGCAGCUAAGCGGUUGCUACAGCCAGC